CCUUCGUAGGGUUGCUAUCAGGGUUGCUAGCCAAACACUGUGGAAAGAACCUCUUUGAUACACAAGGAAUUUACCCAUUACAACCAUACCUAGACUGUAAAAACAAGAUAUUUUAUCCCAUUAAGUUAUCAGUAGUACUACCGCUUCGUGUUCAGGUGUAAGUUUAUCUGAGUGAAUGCGGUAGUUCUAGCAGCUAGCACUAGAGGUUUUAACUAACGUUCGUUGUGUUCGGCUUAAACAUCAACGUUGACUAAACACAGUGGCUAUAGUCCUAGCUUCUAACGUUAACGUUAAUAACUGUUAGUGCUACACGUGUUAACGUCAGUUUGGUUAAUGUUAUUCAUAGCGAACUUAGAUAAUAUUAACCUAAAAAGAUUAGUUAGUCCUGAAUUUCGAAAUGUUUGUAGAAGCUAGAAUUAAAUCUUAACUCGGGACUUUUGAUUUCGAGUGAAUAAAUUAACCCAACCUGCAAAAUGUUAGAUUGGAAUGAGAUUGAAAAUGUUGAUCCAGAUGAACUGGGAAACGUCGAGGCACUUGUCGACACAUUACUUCAGGUUGAGAAGAGGGAUUUACAAGAAAAAGAAACGGCAUCUUUAGCCCAACUUUUCAGCAUAGUGCAGACUCUCCUGAAGAUAAAAUGUCAAGAACUUUUAUGUGCAUAUGAGAUGAUAGACAAGGCUGGAGUUGAUUUGGCAAGAACUGAGAAUGCAUUUCAAACCGAAGUAUCCAAACUACAGAGUGAACUGGAGAUGGUUAAUCGCUCUGCUGGGGGUAGAGAUACACGUUUCCUUCGAGAUGAAAUUCGUCAGCUAGAGAGUCACUUGCAGCGCAAGGAGAAGGAACUGGUUCAGCUGGAGAAAGAAAUGAUGAAAGAAAAGAAGGCAAAUGAGAAGCUAUCAGCCAGAGAGGAUGACAUUGAAGAUAAAAAUAGGAAACUGAAGAGAGAGAAUGAUCAGCUUCGUCAAGAUGUGGAAUUUUAUCGUAGAGAACUGGACCAGAGGGUGCCUGUUCAGUCCAAAGAAGAGGGAAUUGAGGCUCAGAGACGCCUCAACAUAACCAGCCGGCAACUUUACCAAUGUAUGGAGGAAUUACAGAGGGCAGAAGAAGAAAUUGGUCGUUUGAAGACUGACAGUCAACUGAUGAAGAGGAAUCUUGAGGUGUCUGUACGGGAGAUGGAGAAGAUGACUGAUGAGUACAACAAGAUGAAAAUAAUAGUUCAGCAGUCAGAUGCCAGCAUGGACCAGCUGCGGAAGGAUAGAGACCAUGCCAAAGCUCAGGUGAGAGAGCUAAUGGACCAAAUUCAGAGGAGGGCUGAGGAAGACGACCCAGUCAUGGCUGCAGUCAGUGCUAAAGUGGAGGAGUGGAAGAGAUUGUUAUCUGAGAAGGAUGACGAGGUCCUGGAAUACCAACAGAUGAAUCGUGACCUGAGAGAGAAGCUUAAAGCAUUACACAUGGAUUCUGAUAAGAACAACAUAUUAGCUCUCCAGCAGCUUAUUUAUGAGCUGUGUGCUGCGGUUCAAGAAAGAGACAAUCAAAUCAAGAUGCUUAGUGAUCAAGUGGAACAAUACACAAAUGAAAUGGAAAAAAACACAAAGUUAAUUGAAGAAAUGAAGAAGCCCUUGAGGAAAGAGAAAGGUCCUCUAACAACUGUGCACCUGCGGAAGAUAGAGGAACUACAGGCAAAGCUCCUUGUGGCUGAGAGAAGGGCAUUCGAGGCUGAGGAACUAGCAGAAUUAGCUGAGAAAGAUGCCAGACUCAAGGACAAGGAGCUCAGUGACACUCUUACUCGCAUAAGAGUCUAUGAGUCUGGCACAGAUGGCUUAGAAGCUGCUAUUGCUGAAAUCAAACAAUUUAAAGACCAGAUACGAAUAAGAGAUGAUGAGACGGAAGCAAUGACCAAGGAAAUCAACAAAUUAGAGAUGAGAAUGAAUGAUCUAUUGGACCAGAAUGAGGCCUUGAGAGAGAGACUUGGUCUAAACCCGGAGGGAGAGGUGGAUUUGACUGAAUUCCGAAGGUCUAAGGCUUUAAAACAAAGGCAGUAUAAAGCAGAAAAUCAAGUAUUGAUGAGAGAGAUAGAGAGACUCGAGGAGGAGAGACUUGAUCUCAAAAAACAGUUAAGAGUCAUGGUGAAAGGAAAAGGUAUGACGGUGAGCAGUGAACUUAUGGCUAACAUCUACACACAAAGAGAGCCUGCUAUUGCAUCCACAGAAGAUGACAAAGUUAAAAAAAUGAAUGAACAUCUUCGGAUGGAGCUUAAAAGCAAACAGAUAGAACUGGAGCUAGCAGAAAAGGAAUCAUCUGAAUUUAAGGCCAAACUUAAUGAACUCUUAAAUGAAAAUAAGCACCUGGAAGAAGGCAUUAAAGAGAUACUUGCAGCUUUACAGGACAGCCAGAAAAGGACACACACAGAAUUGGGAAUUAGUGUUCCCAGUUUGGAAAGACUUGUGACUGCUUUAGAAAUGAGAAAUUCAGAAGGAACGCCUGAAACCAAUCUGCAAAUUAAGAUGCAGAUUGACUAUUUAGCAGAUCGAAACCAUGAACUCAGACAGGAAAUGAAAGGUGUAAGGGAGGAUUCAGCGCUGACUUUGAGAGAACUGACAACGGCCAAUGAAAAGAUUAUGCAUUUGGAGAGUGAGUUAGAAACACUGAUGAAAUCUAAUGUGAACAAAGAGGGUUUUAAGGGCUUGUUCAUUCCCGAGGAAUUGACACCAUCUAGUGUGGACACCAUCAGCUCUCUAAAUGAUUACGCUGUUCGACUUCUGCUGGAGGCUAAAGAUAAAGAAGAUAUAUGCAAACGACUCCAGGUGGCUUUAAAGGAGUAUAGAAGGAAACUAGCUGUGAUUCGGCACCAGCAAUGUCUUCUAUAUGAAGAAUACCAAAGAGAGAGAGCGGCAUGGCAGAAGGAGAGAGAGUUACUUAAGGAGGCAAAUAAUAAGUUGGAGGAACAGAAAAAGGUGGAUGAGAUGAAGGUCAAAGAGUUUACUAUACCAGCAGCGUUGAAAAGGCUGAGACAAACAGCCAAAUACUGUCUGUUUCUAAAAUGAUUGCUACUUUGGAGAUGAAGGAGCUGAAUGAGAGGCAGAGGGCUGAGCACGCCCAAAGAAUGUAUGAGCACCUUCGUAAUUCUUUAAGACAAGUGGAACAACGUAAUUUUGACCUUGAGAAGAAAUUCCUGGAGGUGUCGAAGCAAAACUUGGAUGCCCAGAGAGUAGAGCAGGAGCUGCGUGAUGAGCUGGCUAACAGUGUUAGUAAUGCUGUGAAUGAUAGCAACCAGAAGUAUAUUGCUGAUCUUGAGAAGAUACACACUGAAAUGAAGAUGGAGAUAUCCAACUUGCAGGAGGUGGCCAAUGUGGCAAAAAUGCAGGUUUCUGCACUGGAGGCCAGACAGCAAUCUAGAGAAAAGGAAAUUGAGGCUCUAAGGAGACAGACCUUAGAUUAUCAGGCCCAGUCAGAUGAAAAGGCCCUCAUUGCCAAGCUCUAUCAGCACAUUGUUGCCUUGCAGUUAAGUGAAACAACUGCUCUGUGUAAGCUGGAGACCACCACUAGCCAGCUCUGUAAAGUAGAGGCUCAGUUGUUGCGUGCUGAACAGCAGUUGGAUGAAAAGGAAAAAACACUGUGGCACGUUCGACAGUAUGCUCACGGUCAAGCCAAACACCUUAGACAGACAAUACAGUCAUUGCGGAGGCAAUUUUCUGGUGCCCUGCCCCUGGCUCAGCAGGAGAAAUUUUUCCAGAUCAUGGUGCACCUCAAGGAGGAUCACAAUCAGGUGCGACAUGAGGCUCUUCAGGCGAGAGAGCAGAGAAGGAACUUCGAAAGCAAGGCAAAAGAACUGGAGCUCAAAGUCAAAGGACUAGAUGACCUCAUGACCACUCUUAAGGAUACCAAAGGGGCUCAGAAGGUUAUUGAGUGGCACAGAAAAUUGGAAGAGGCCCGACUGCUGGAGUUGAAAAGUAAUAGAGAAGUUAGUAUUCAGAGGGAGGAAAUCAAAUACUUGAAAACUGUGAUAGAGGAACAAGAACGGUCCAUCAGUGCUUUGGAGGAUGAUCACAUUAAGGACAGCAAGAUUCAUGAGGAGCAUCAGUUGCUUUGGGAAGAAAGGGAGGUGGAAUUGGAGCGCCAGCUGGAGCACUAUGAGAAACAACAGAAUCAAGUUGACAAUGCUACUCAAAAGAUAAGUGGUGUUCUCCCGGAUCCAACUCUGACUGUCUCUCAGCAGCUGAAUCAUUCCCUGAGGAAAAUUAAAGAGCUCAUUCACACUGUUGCAGAGAAGCAAGCGACUUGCAAUUUGCUGGAACAGAAACUGAAAGAGAAGGAAGAAGCAUUAUGGAAAGCAGAGCAAAAUGUUCUCACUCGAGACAAGGUCAUUAAUGAGUUGCGCCUUUGCUUGCCAAACAUUGCUGAGAAGGAGAAGAUCUUAGCAACCCUCAGCAGACAGGACAAUCUUGAGAGCCAACCUGCUUUCAGAGUGGCUCAACAAACUAUAAAUAGCCUUCAGGGACGCCUGAACCAGAAAGAAGAAGUCUUGAAGAAGUACCAACAUCUUCUGGCUAGAACAAGACAAGAACAAGAAGACAUUACAAAAAAACACAAAGAAGAUAUGCAAACUCUUCAACAGAAGCUUGAACUACUUACAGAAGCUUCAUUAGGUCACCUGAAACAGACAGCUCUGGACUUAAUGAAGAAACCCUUUAUUACCAUACCAACCACAAAACACCUAGCUCGUUUAGCUGAAUUGGAGCAAACUGUGGCUGAGCAAGAAAACUCCCUCACCACCCUGAUGGAUAAGAUCAAAGAGAAGACCGCAGAGUUGGACAAACAGAGACAUAUCAUGGACAUCCAGGCCAGAAAACAUGUCAUGGAUAAAGACAAGCUGGAAGAGAGCUACAAAGCUCAGAAAAAAGUUGUACAACAGGAAGCUGAGGAACUCGGAACACAGGUUGCUCAGAUGGAGAAACAACUGCAUUGCCUUCAGACAGAGUUGGAUUCUCAGAAAGAGGCUAAUCUUCGCUCACCAAGCCAAACCAUGAAGAAUCUUGUGGAGAGCCUUAAAGCUCAGCUUUGCCUUAAGGAAAAGCAACAGAGGGCAUUGAGCAAGGUACUACUAGAACUGCGUGCUGAGAUGACCUCCCAUGCAGAGCAUCAAACAAUUAUCAGUGUCACACAGAGAGAAGAGGAGUUAAAUAUUCAGCAGAUUGUUGACAAACACACCAAGGAGUUGCAGGGCCGUAUACAGGAGUUAAAUGAGGAACUCUUAAAUGCAAAAGAAAGUGUAAGUGUGGCCCAGAGCAAGGAGAGUUCCAUGAGGGAGUCCCAUGAGGGCCUGGUUGUAGAACUUCAGAAGAGUCGCAGAGCUCAGAGUAAACUGCAGGCUGAGAAGACUGGCUUGGAAGACAAAGUUACUAAUCUGAAACUGCGAGUAAAAGGGCUCACCAGCAAUUUGCAGUAUCAGAAUGAAAGCGAAAAGAAAGGGUCUUCAGUAGAAGGGUUACAGCAAAGCAAAUUAGAGACAUCAGAGCCUUCAGAUGUUAUGGUUGGAAGAAAGGAUAAAGACAAGAUGUCAAAAGAAGAGAUUACAAGGUGGGAGGAAGCUAAAAAGUGGCAAGCCAAAGUGGAAAAAAUACGAAAAAUACUGAAAGAGAAGGAAAGAGAGGUGGAAACUUUGUCAAAACAGUUGAAUACAACCAAAGAUCUCUACACCAGGUUGGAGGAGGAGAAAAUUAAUCUACAAAAGAAACUAUCACGGAAUCGUGGAGUGACUACAAAUCAGGUCAUGGAAGCACGGAGUCUGGCAUCUGAAAAGGAGAAUGAGGAAUUAAGGAGGAGAAAUGCUGAGCUGGAGCAACAGAUACAAACUAUAAAACAACAACAGGCUUUGCCAAGAGAUGUUGCAAUAGAGGACCUGCACCUUAGGAACCGAUAUCUCGAAGACAAGAUACUGUGUCUGGAGAGUGAACUUUCUAGGGAACCAUCUUCACUGGUACAGCGUGCUGGGUCUCCAUCACAGAAAAAGCACAAACUACAGGCAGAAAACCUCCGGCUCUCUGCAAAAAACCUGGAGCUCUGUCUCCAACUAGAGCAAGCAACCAAAGACGUCCCCAGAUUAAAGGAUCAAGUGUCUGAUCUCAAAGACAUGUGCAAUGUUCUCAUAAAAGAGAAGGCUACAUUGGAAACUAAAUUUGAGCACAUUGGCCAGGCAGGUGGUAGUGGUAAAACAGUUCCUGAGCUGGAGAAGACCAUUGGCCUGAUGAAGAAGGUAGUGGAGAGAGUCCAGAGAGAAAAUGAGGCUUUGAAGAAGGUCUCAGCUACAGGCAUGCAGGAGCAGCUACGUACAAUUGAGCAAGAGCAUGAAAAACUAAAGUCGGAGUAUGAUAAACUCAAAGGAAAAAUGCAAAUGGAGUCAAGAAAAAUGGGGCUGGAGAAAAUUGUGAUGGAAAAUGACCAGUUAAGGAGAGACAUUAAAAAGGAGGCAGAGGCAGCAGAGAAACUGAAACUGGAAAAGGCCUGUUUAGAAGUGACCAGUCAGAAGCUUCAGUUAGAUCUGGAUGAAGCUAAUCAAAGGCUUUCUCUAGCAGAGUCUACUUCAGUAGGCGCUUUACAAUCUAAGAUUGUAACGAGAAACAUUAAGUAAUUUAUAAUUCACACUGAGACUUCUUUGUGAGUGUUUGAUACUCAAAUAACAUACUAUCCUUGCCAACACUAAAUGCAUAUUAAGAUUUGUCUUCAUGGUAUUAAUAAAAGAGACCUCAGAUUCAG